AAGCUGCGCAGAAGCCACGAUCACUGAAAGGUAACUAUCCUUUCAGAAGCAACUUUUUAUAUUACGAAUGUUUUAUUUGCACCUAGGAACCGUAAUAGACGAGCUUUACUGCACACUGGAGCAUUUUAUUUAGUCAUCUGCCCUUUUCCCUCGUCGGUGGAUGUGUCGCUUGGAGAACUAGUAGCGGACCGCGCUGCAUACCGAAGCCGGGAUGAGUGGAAGCUCCGUGGGAUCGGCCGCGGCACCUUGCCGCUUCGCGCACUACUUUGUUAUUUGUGGGAUUGACACAGAAACUGGACUGGAACCGGACGAGCUAGCAGCUUUGCACCAGUGGCUAGAAGCAGAUCGCCAAGGCAGGGAUCCAGAUACUGCAGCCACAGGUGAAAACUUUGAGCAGAGUCCCCUGAAGAGGACAUUCAAGUCCAAAGUUCUGGCACACUACCCAGAGAAUGUGGAGUGGAACCCCUUCGACCAGGAUGCUGUUAACAUGCUCUGUAUGCCUAAAGGUCUGUCGUUUAGGACGCAGGUGGACCAGCGUGACCCUCAAUUUCACUCCUUCAUCAUCACAAAGGAGGAUGGAUCUCGAACCUAUGGCUUUGUCCUCACCUUCUAUGAGGAGGUGACCAGCCCGCAGAUCUGCUCUGCCAUGCAGACCCUCUAUCAGAUGCACAAUGCCGAGCAUGCCUCCACAAACGCCCCUUCAUGCUCCUCCUCUUCUUCCUCCAGCAUGGACUCUCUGGCCAGCAGUGUAGACGAUGGCGAAUCUACCACCUCGUCCUCCUCCUCUGCAUCUCGUGCAGUAGGAAGCUAUGAUUCAUCACGGGACACGCUCUAUGUGUCCAAAGCUUUGUGUCUGAUCACACCUAUGCCCUUUAUGCAUGCCUGCCGGUGCUUCCUUUCACAAUUGCACUGGGCUGUUACAGCUGCAACCACACACCCCCUACCACUGGAGAGCUAUGUUUACAACAUCCUGUAUGAGGUGCCACUACCUGCUCCAGGGCGUUCGCUCAAAUUCCAUGGCGUAUACGAACCCAUUGUCUGCCAGAGGCCUGGACCGGGGGAGCUUCCCCUGGCUGAUUUCCCCCUGGCAGAGGCCUUCACCCUGCUGGGAGUGGAAAACCUGGUCCAGGUGUUCACCUGCACGUUGCUGGAGAUGCAGAUCCUGUUGUACUCACAGGACUACCAGCGGUUAAUGACAGUGGCGGAGGGCAUCACCACCCUUCUGUUUCCCUUCCAGUGGCAGCAUGUCUAUGUUCCCAUCCUUCCAGCCUCCCUCCUUCAUUUCCUGGAUGCACCUGUUCCCUACCUGAUGGGCCUGCAGUCCAAAGAAGGCACUGACCGCUCCAAACUUGAACUUCCUCAGGAGGCCAACCUGUGUUUUGUGGAUAUUGACAACCAUUCCAUUGAGCUUCCAGAGGACUUCCCUCAGUUCCCAAACAAGACCGAGUUCAUCCAGGAGCUCACUGAGGUGCUUUUAAGCUUUGGCAUCUCUGCCAACACUGGUGCUCCACCCCGGACCCGCUCCAGUCCUGGUAGCACCUUGUCCACUCCUGGGAGGGAGCGCAAAGCUGCCGCCCUUCGACAGCUAGAGGAUGAUGGAUGUAAUGGCAACCUGGCAGGAGAGGAGUUAGCAGUGCUGGAGCUCCUGCAGGGAAACGCCACGUUGGAGAGGCUGCAGGCGCUGACUAAACGCACUGGGGUGACAGUGGCCCGUGUGGAUGCCCUGAGGGCUGGAGUCAAAGGUCAGCCCACUGAGGGGCAAGGGAGCCAAACAGCAGGUGAAGAAGAGGAGCUAAGGAACGCUAAACUAAAUGUUCAGCUGAGGGAGGUGUUUGCCACUCGCUUCACCACCAUGUUUGCAGACUAUGAAUCAUUUGUUAUCCAGAGUGCUCCUGAUCUGGAGUCCUGGCUCACCAACAGGGAGCAGAUGCACAACUUUGACAAGGCUUCAUUCCUGUCAGACCAGCCAGAGCCCUACCUUCCCUUUUUGUCCCACUUCAUUGAGACACAGAUGUUUGCCACUUUCAUCGACAACAAGAUCAUGUCCCAGUGGGAGGAGAAGGAGCCGAUGCUCUCUGUCUUUGACACUCGUAUUGACAAGGCACGUCUCUAUAAUAUCCGUGCUCCCAGCCUCAGAUCGUCCUGCUACCAGAGGUGCUCCGUCCUCAAAGAGUCUGCUCAGGCCAUUGAGCAGCGGCUGAUGAAGAUCGACCACACAGCCAUCCUGCCACACCUGUUGGACAUGAAGAUUGGUCAGGGCAAGUAUGAGCAGGGAUUCUUCCCCAAACUGCAGGCCAAUGUGCUCAACACAGGACCAAGCACUAACAAGUGGUGUCACAGGGCAGCAACAGCUCAGCGCAGAAAAGAUCGCCACAGACAGCAAACAGAACAUCUCAGCCUUGAUAACGACCUGAAAGAGGUGGAGGGCUGUCUUGUCCUGCAGAAUUCUAUGGCAUUUUGGGAGUGGGACAAUGCAUCCCCCCCUCCUGUCAAACCACCAAAAAAAUCUGCCUCUGCGUCCUGCCUGAAGUUCAUGCAGGAGGCCCGCAGCCUAGGGAAGAAUCUACGACAGCCUAAACUCUCUGACCUGUCACCUGCUGUUAUUGCCCAGACCAACUGGAAAUUUGUGGAGGGGCUGCUCAAAGAGUGUCGCAUGAAGACCAAGCGAAUGCUGGUGGAGAAGAUGGGUCACGAAGCAGUGGAGCUGGGUCACGGUGAGGCCAGCAUCACUGGACUGGAGGAAAAUACUCUGAUCGCCAGCCUGUGUGACCUGCUGGAGAGAAUCUGGAGCCACGGGCUGCAGGUCAAACAGGGGAAGUCUGCCCUGUGGUCCCACCUGCUGCACUACCAGGCCCGGGAAGAGAAGCUUGCACAGCAGCAGGCUGACUCACCAGUGCCUCACAUUUUUGAGAGGAGGAAGUCUGAUAGUUCCAUAGCAAUGCCGUCGCUGCGUGUGUCUCUCAUUCAGGAUAUGAGACAUAUCCAGAGUAUGUCAGAGAUUAAGACUGACGUGGGCCGAGCCAGAGCCUGGAUCCGUCUGUCCCUGGAAAAGAAGCUGCUCUCUCAGCAUCUCAAACGGCUGCUGUCACAACAAGCCUUAACCAAGAAGCUGUACAAACGUUACGCCUUCCUGCGGUGUGAGGAGGAGAAGGAGCAGUUCCUCUUCCAUUUGCUCUCUCUCAACGCCGUUGACUACUUCUGCUUCACCAGCGUCUUCACCACCAUCAUGAUCCCAUACCGAGUUGUCAUCAUUCCCAUCAAGAAGCUGAGCAACACUAUGACCACAUCCAACCCCUGGGUGUGUGUCUCAGGGGAACUAGGAGACUCAGGCAUCAUGCAGAUUCCCAAGAAUGUCUUGGAGAUGACUUUUGAUUCUGCCUUCAGACCUCACACGCACAUCUCUGCCAUGUUCAAGUGUCAGAACCUGGGGAAGCUCACCACAGUACAGCUGGGUCAUGAUAACGCUGGCCUCCUAGCUAAAUGGCUGGUAGACUGUGUGAUGGUGCGCAAUGAGAUCACAGGACACACCUACAGGUUCCCAUGCGGACGAUGGCUUGGUAAGACUGUGGAUGACGGCAGCUUGGAGAGGGUCCUAAUCGGGGAACUAGUGUUGCCCAGUGGAGAGGAUGACUCUGCAAGGGUCUGCCGUACGCCCCCACUACAGCGUUCACCUUCUCAGGGCAGACGCAUCAGCAUCACAUCACUGACUGGACGAGAUACCAAGCUUACUUCAGCACAAAUCCAAGAGGGCAUCGGAGAGGCAAUGAACAACAUAAUCAAACACUUCCACAAACCAGAGAAAGAGAGAGGCAGUCUGACUGUUUUGCUGUGUGGAGAGAACAGCUUGGUUGCGGCUCUGGAACAGUUCUUCCAUCAUGGCUUCAAAUCUGCAAGGCUCUUCCAGAAGACUGUGUUUGUGUGGGACUUUGUGGAGAAAGCUGUUGCCUACAUGGAGUCAGCUGACCAGUUGGGAUACCUUCAGGAGACCACAGAGCCCCUGGGGAUAACGUGUCAGUCACUCUGUCGCUACUUCAACGCAAUCAACUCCACUUCCAGGAACAUCGGCAAGGACGGAAAGUUCCAGCUGUUGGUCUGCCUCGGAGCCAGAGAUCGCCUGCUGCCCCAGUGGCUCCCCCUGCUUGUGGAAUGUCCGGUGAUCCUGCAGAUGUAUGAGGACACAGCAAUGCUCAGAGACACUUGCGCGCUCAGCGCUCUUAUUGGCGUCCUUGAGACGCUGCACGACUUCCCGAUCACACUGGAAGCCUCACUGGUCAAAGGCAUCAACCUUUAGUCCUGAUGGGCUGCUCCAAUUACGCUGUCUUCCUCUCUUGCUCACUGUAGUUAGGUAAUUGGCCUUGAGAUUAUAAAGUUUGGAGGGCAAAACAUUGAAAAGACAAUUUAGGAACCAAAGAUGUAAGUUCCAGUUCAUUGCUUAUUACUUCAUCAGAGAAGUUAAAUGCACCAUUUUCACAAUUCCUGUGACUUUAAAGACUUUUCCAGACCAAGGUUGUAUUUUACUUGAUAAACUAAUACAUCACUUUACAUCACUGUGCACAUGUUUCUAGACACAUAUCAGGUUUUAGAAGGACUUCCUGCCUAGCACCGAGGCUUUGAUAGUUCAGUACAUUUUGAAAUCUGACUAUUAUUCUACACUUUGGUGUCCCUAUUUGGAUCCCUGGUCACUGUUUACUGCUGGAGCAAUAUAUCAUGUCCUAAAUCAUUUUCAGAAAGACUUGGAAAAGAGUUGAUCACCUUGGUGUUUAAUCAAAAGAAAGCAAAGCAUUUUCUGCAGUGAAUUAAUCUAUGUUGGUGCUUCAAUGUAUAUUUCGGGCUGCAGGAUGUGGGACUAAAACAGCAAUGCUAAAGUGAUUAACAGCAUAUUUCUGCCUUCUCUCAGUGUACUGAAGUACAGCUGCCUGAAAGGAAGGACAUCUAAAUUGAGCUGAAGUCAGCUCACUGUGAAAGUAUGAGCAGUGUCAGGGAUAGCACCGUGGCAGGCAGGUUUUAGGAUCCUAGUGCAUCAGCUUUUGUUAGUUGGGAAACGUAUGACGGGAGCCAGCAGGACAAAUUACAAAACUCAUUAGAACAGGAGAGCACUCAGCAGGCAGGAGUAAUGAUGACGACAUGACAGAGAACUGAGCAAACAGAUACUAUAUAUGUGCACACCGAGGAGCUCAGCAGAACAAAAUUUAACAAACAAGAUAAAGGAAGCAAAACUGAAUAUAGAGCACAAGAUACAAAGGACUGUCAAAGUAAAACAGGAAAUGACUAAAUACAGAGACCAGGACUAAGAACCAGAAACCAGACAGAAACAUCAGGGAGUCAGGCAAUAACAUCAGCAGUCCCCAUGAAUCAAACCAGAACCCAAGAACAGAACUAACCCUAGGGAUAUAAAUAUCAUGGACCAAAUCAGGAAUUAUAAUACAAAAUGUACCAAAACUGCAAAAUCCAUAUUGGACCCAGAAUCAAAACAAAACUUGAAAGUCCAAAUCAGAAACACAGGACCAUGACAAGCAGCCUGAAUCUUUUUGUAAUAUUUAACAUAUAAAGCUUUGUUCAGCUGCUCUGCUCACAGGGGGUCGCUGCAGCAUAUGGCUCCACAUAUGUGAAGAUUUUUCUUUAAAAAACAAACAAACAAAAAAACACCAAAUGCCCUUCCUGACACAGCGCCCAAGGGAUCUGUCGUUUUCUGAUCUCAAACCAGGGAUAUUUCAUGUGUAAACCACUAUGCUAUGGAGCCACCUAAUAUAGUACAGUAACAAUAUAUAUGACAGAAAUUAAGGAAAAGCAGAAAGGGUCCAAUUUAAGUAUGGAAUUUAUGAAUGAAAGCCCUGGAAAUUAUUAAAAGUUUACACAAGACAGUAAAAUGUUUUGUUUUUUUGUUUUUUUGUUUUUUUUAAAUCAAUAGAAGAUAUGGUGGUCUGCAUACUGUAAUUCACAUCAUACAGCAGACAUAAUGAAAUUGUUCUGGAAAUAAAUAAAUCAUUUGUGGUUUCCGCUCCACAAAAUGGCAGUGCCAUAAACAAGACAGCACCCAUUUGUCACAGAUGGAUAUUGAUAGUUGUUUAUCCAUCUACCCAAAACUCCGUGCAGCAUUAUGAAGGGUUUUUAUGUGCAUACAAAAUGAGAUUUUGUCCUCCAUCUAAAAGAAAAACACCAGAAUAGUAAUAAAAAUAUCUUUAACAAUUUUUUAAGUGUGAACAUAAGCAAAGCAAGUAGCCAGAAAUAACAGGAAGGUGCACACACUUUUGUUGAGUAAGGUAACACAAAUUGUCUUCAUUCUUGUAAAUGUGUAGUUAUCCUCUCAAAGGAGAAACCCUGUUAUAAUAUUUUCAGUCCCAUGUAGAACAGCCACAACAGUCCUGGCUGCUGUUAGCUAACAAAUAUCUAAUGUUACCACAAAUGAUCUCAUUCUGUUUAUACACAUUUACUUUUUUUGUAAUAAACCAGAUUUAACUUUGACACACACACGCACACAGUGUGUGUGUCUGUGUGUUUAGAUAAAGCCAGGUUAGCCUCUGCUUCCAGUAGUUUUGCUAAGCUAAGCUCUUUGCUCCUUAAAAGAGGGUUCCAGUAUAAUCUCCUCAUACCUGGCUUAAAAUUGAUGCAUUUUACAUUGUUACAACAGAAAUGUUAAUCUUCUUAACAGCUUCCUGUAUUCCAUGAAUACAUUGUGAAGGAGUGCAGCAUUUUUUUUCACUUCCUCCAAUGCAUUCAGAAUUUGCAUAUUUCUUGGCAGCAACAAGAAGAAAUGUCUGGAGAUGUGUAUCUUUGGAAAACGUCUUAUCUUCUUUUGAACUUUGGUGGCAUUAGAGGUUUUGUGACUGUUGCCUCUUUCUGGUAUGAAUAUUGUCAGUGCAUGAUGUCAGUUUAGCCUCAGGUGUAUUCACAUGGCCCUCUAAUGGAUUAUAGAUGGCAGUUUGUUUUUUUGUUAGGACAAAAUCUGAACAAAGUUGCAGUCUAGUAUUUCUGUUGUUUCCAGAACUGAAUUUCUGACAGACAUCUUGACUUCUUGUAUUUUUAAUUUAUAUUGACUGAUGACUGGCUGACAGCUGCACUGGUGUUUUAUGGUGGCAAAGCUUGUGGAGUAACUGGAGAUUUAAGCAUCUUUAAAGUUCUCUAACCUUCUGUGCCCCUGCUGACUCACCUGUGGGACUAGCCACAGCUCCAAAGCACAGGAAAUGGAUUCCUCCACCUUCUCCUGGGUUUCUUUAUGUACAGACUGUUUUCUGAUGGUUCCAGGGAAGACAUCAGGAAGAGGAUGAUCCACCCUAGUAAUAGAAUUUUAUGUUAUUGUUUGGACUGACUGUUCUGAUAUUUAUUAUGCCUAUUUCAAUAAAACACCCAGGUCUAAAACAUGUAUAUGUAUGUACAUAAAAUAUAUUUCAUGCCAGGAAUGCACCAGUUCCAAACUCAGUAUUGCUGGAUAAGAUAUUGGAUGGGAAAAAAUAGGCUAUAUUCUGAUAUAAUUUAUUGCAUAAAUGCUUUGCAAGUCUUUUGCAA